AAUGUAUCCAUAGUCGUACUAAAUGAAUGCAAGAACGGAACAUGACAGUUUACUAGUGAUAUUAUAUGUGUCUCUUACUAAUACAUAGCACUAGAUCCAAGAUUUCCACAUUAUAGAAAAAUUAAUUCGCAUCCAGAAGGGCAUAAUCUAUUCGAUGUCCUAUAUUUCAUUGUAAUCUAAAACGCUCUCUUUUUUAUUUCCGAGCCACUAUGAGCAGUUUUAUUGCACCUAUUGAGCUACCCUAUUAUGGUCGGGGCGUAGUGGCCGCAGAAAGGAUUCAACCAGGAACAAUUCUUCUGUCAAAAAUUGUCGAUAAUUUUGCGCUUGAAGUUGGAAUUUUGAGCACGCAUUGCUCGGGUUGUACUAGCGAGGGAGAAAAAACGAAAAGAUGCACGGCAUGUAAAACAAUUUAUUAUUGUUCAAAGGCUUGUCAAAAAGCCGACUGGCCAUUGCAUAAAUUAGAAUGUAGGGCUUUACAGGCAUCUCGACAUAACGGAAUUCUUCCAUCUAUUUGCCGUUUGCUUAUUCGCUUGUACGCAAUGUCGCUGAAAGACCCAAAGAGCACUGAGUUACUAGAAUCGCACAUAACCGACUUUCCCAAGGUAGCGGCCUCGUGGACUGAUGCAGAAUUAAUUGCAUCAGCAGCUUCCCAUUAUACAAAGAUUUAUCAGCCGGACCUAUUUCGAUUUUUGUUUUGCAAGGUGGCUAUCAAUUCAAUGAAUCUUGUAACAUGCUCUUUCGACAGACUAGGCGUUUGUUUAGAUACUGAUCUCUCACGCAUAAAUCAUUCGUGCGUACCAAAUUGUCAUGUUAUUUUUGAAGGCUCUCGUGCAAUACUUGUAGCAAGUCGCGAAAUUGAAAAGAAUGAACAACUGUUUAUUUCGUACACUGAUGUUCGGGUCCCUCGAUCAAUUCGACAAAAGCAACUAAGAAAAAAAUACUUUUUUGACUGCGAAUGCGAGAAGUGUACGAAAGAGUUAUCUGAUGUGGAAAAAGAUGCUUCCUACUAUCAUUCUCAGCUUAAAAACAAUCGGGAAUCUCUAUCCAAAAAUCUAAAACUAGCUAAAGAACUAUGGUCAUCAUCUAGCGAAAAACGUUUAUAUCCAUGGUCGAUUUUACUUCAUCGUAUAAAGCUUGGAUUUUUGAAUGAAAUGAACUAUGAUGGAGCGUUUACUGCGUUGCUCCUCAAGAGUGUGAAUGACCCGAUCAAAGAUGCCAUUCAUCUGGUAGAUGAAUAUCAGCUUUUACUUUUGGGUAAGCAAUUAAUACUGGAAGUGAAGCACAUUAUGUUCCCCAAUGACAAGCCACUUGAAAUUGAGCUCAAUGGAGGGCGAACACAUGCCGGUGAAGCACGGCUGGAUCAGCAGAAGAAAGUAAAUUUUUCAGCUUUGCGUGGGGAACAACAUGGCUUUUUAAGCUACUAUAAAAUUUCGUUAGAUGAUUUUGUGGUUUGGUUGUUACACCGAGCAGGGUAUUUAUCAGAGGCAAUAAAGCAAAGCCAUCCGGACACUUGUUUUGCGACUUCUGUGACAGAAGACGUUAAUGAAUUUUUUGAGGUUUGCAAGGAUUAUCAGCCUUCAUUUUUUGAUCAUGACUAUUUUCGAGCAUUUCAAGCAAAGCUUGAAGGAGCAUGCAAGGACUAUCUGAUGUGAUUGAAUUGAGGAUAGACAAUGCCAGAAAACAUAAGGAUAUGGAACAAAUUAGAGAAACAAAUAGACAAUAAUCAUGGAACUAAUGUUCACAGACCGUGAACGAAAAUUAAUACAUAUAGUAAUGAGAUAUAAGAAAUACAAAUGG